AUGGCAGCGACAGCGUCACAGGAUACCGCAGAGGCGGCUGCCGCGGCGAUAGAGUCAUGCAUGAGCCCGCUAUCGCCGCCACAGGCGUCACCCACGAGGGCGCGGCAGCGGCGACUCGUGGAUGUUGACGGAAACUCUACAGCGACGGCGCACCCCGACACCUCCAUGUGGUCCAUGGACUCUUUCAGAGAAACCACUCUAAGCUCUCUGGGGAGCGACGGCGUGGAGCCAGCGAUGGUGGCGCCGGCACUGUCGUGGGAGGCGGAGCGGCAGCGAUCGUCACGGGCCACCAUUGCUGGGGGCAAAUUACCGCUGUUGUUAGACGCCAACCUGACCCUGCAGGAUCAUGCGGCGGUAUCGCACCGACCGCAGGAUCGUCAGACCAGAAACAGGGCCCAGAAGCAGGUCGUAUGCAGGAGCGACGCGGAGGAGGAUGGCCGCGCCGCCGGUGAUGGCGAGUGCCGCUCUUCCAGAAGGCACGUGGUGAUCUCGGAGGCCGCAGUGGAGAAGCAGUCGGUCUCCUCGGCGAGAACCCCUAGCACCGCUGCCCCACCGUCUCGCCUGACCGGCGAGCACCCGCAGCGUGCGUCCCUAUUGCAGGCGCAGCAACUCCACACAAAACAAUUGCCGUUGCCGUCCUUCUACCAGUCCGCGCCUCACCAGCUGCCACUGCAGGCGGCGCGGAUCUCCGGCGGCGGUGGCGGUGCCACCGUAGGCCCAGUGAACGAGCCACUUAGCACAGCGUACACAGCGGCGGCUAGCUCGGAGGCGGACAACACAUCAGGCAUCUUUCCUGCUUCGCAGUGGAUGCGGACUACCCUGGGCGUCACUGCAACGCGUUCUUGUCCCCUCAAGGAGCCGGCGACCACAUCACCGUCGCCUCCGCAACCAGCGACAUGGGCGUCUCGCACGAACCUGUCUGCGGCGCAGGCGGCCGCGCAGCUGCACGAGCGUCGCGUAGCCGCGGCUCUGCAGUCACAAACGGAGAUGCGCGAGUUCACGGCGAUCAUGCGGCGCAUAGAGGCUGCGGGCGGAGCCAACGCGGUGCGUCCGCAGCCACAUCGGCGUCGUCGCCGCGAGGCCUGCGGCGGUGUCGAGAAUGGCGCCUUGUCGUGUUGGCGCGCGUCGCACCAGGCCAACACGCCCCAAAGCAACAGCGCGACCAGCCAUCCAUCAGAGAAGCCAUCGCUGCGUGGCAGUGUUGGGGCCGGUGACGGCGGCCGCGCCAGCAUGGACGGCGAGGGGACAGACGGAGACGAGGCCAGGUCCUCGGCCACCUUCUCCGAGAUGACGGAGCUGGAGGCAGAAGACUGUAUUGCCGCCACCCCCAGCCCCUACCUUUGCACGGCUAGUGCAGCUGGGCCUGUGCAGGCUAGGCGGAUUCACGGACGUCGCCGCGGAGCGCGCGGGGCCGCUGACGUGGUGUCACCAAAACCGUCAACUGACUUGACUGAGGUAGCUGCUGCUGCGAACAUGUCCCGCAUGGCGGUCUACAAGCUGCGCGAUCGGACGGCGCGGGGGUGGGUUGCGCUGCAGCACAGACGGGUAGCGCUCAUGCGCGCCGGGACGCCGGUGCUACAGCGCGAGAUUGAAGCGAGUCAGCAACGACUGCUGCGCGCCUACAAGGGCAGCACAGAAGGUGGUGGCGGUGGUGCGGGUGCGCAGGCGCAAGCGGUGUCCCGCCAGGCCAUGGCGGAGGCCGUGUCCACGGAAGACAGGCUGAUGAGCGUGGCUGGACUGCCAGAUGGUACACUGAAGCUCUUUAAGAUUCCGGUGUCUGGCAACCUGAUGGCGCUGACCGUCUCGUGGGGCGGCAUCCCCGACGGUGCGCAACCCGACGACGGCGAUGCUGGUAGCGAUGACGACAGCGUUGAUAGUGAUUCCUUGAGCAUGAGGCACUCGGCGAUGAAUGUGAAGCGUGUGACGCAGGCACCAGAGGUGGGCGGAGAGGCAGACGACGGGGUCAGGGAGGAGAAGAGCAGCAGUGACGGCGGCGACGGCAAAGACUCUGGCCCACCUUGGGUCGGCGGUGAUACUCCCCUCGCGUCGAUCGUGGCGCCGGAUCAGCGCAGUACAUCGCUGGCGCCAUCCUCUUCUACGCUCAGCAACGGCAUCUUGCACACUGACAAUGCCCAGACGCUGACAUCCGCUUCGUGUCUUCUCGGUGGCGACGUGGCGACUCUAGAGCAGGUGGCAGAGGCCCAAGAGGAGCAGUACCUGUGCAGCGAGCUACAGCGACGCCUGGCACAGGCAAGCGAGUGCACCAUAUACGGGCUGCACAACGCGCUGUGCGGCACGUGGGGUGACCGCCCAUCAAAGUCUGCGAGGAUGGCAGCUGCUGCUACAGACGCCGACGUCGUUGGUGGUGGUGAUACUGAUGCAGCCCCGCUCACCUUACCGGCGGUAGCGGGGCGUCGGCAUCACCUGGGAGAGAGCGGUACGUCACCCGCUCUGCAAUCCCCAGCGCAGCAGACUUUGAGUCAGAGCACGCCCGUGAAGGUGCCCUCCAUCGUAAAGACGCGCAACGCCGUGAUCACCACCUCUGCGUCCGCGGCAGCUGCCGGCGCGCAGGAGCGGCGUGCCGCUGCACCCCCCUCUCCCCCUGACUCCUCCGGCUCCCCGAGUCGGCCACAGUAUCACGGCGGCGCCCAGCUCGGAAGUGACGCGGCAAACUCUAUGAGCACACUGAACUCUGUCCCCGCUGCGCGAUCCCGCUCUGUGGCGGCACAGGCCACCACUUCUGUGACAUCUGGAUUCGGCGCGCAGACACCCGCGGGCGGCCUGCCGCCGUCCUGCCGCCCCCGACGCAGGAAGCGGUCUCCAAAGUGGAGGAGACUGCAACGACGCAGACCGCUGCCGCCUGUCAUUGGCGUUGGCGAGCACUCCGCGGUGCUGCUCCAACAGGAGUUGCUGGCGACGCGGCGGUGGGAGCUGGAGGCGGACCAGGCGCACGCCCAUGAUAUCGAGUGCACCUGCGCCAUGCUGCAGCGACUACGCCCACUUCGAGAGCAGAUGAUGGUGUGCGACACAUGCCCGGGCACGAGGCACACUGGCGCGGCGAAGCGUGCUGCUGAGGAGCCAGCCGAUCCACUGCUGCCGAUGCGCAGCCCUACGCUGUUAUUACCGAUGGCGACGCCACCGGACGCGGCGCUCGUGGGGUCCACGCCGUUGCCGCCACCAGGGCUGUUGGAUGCGCCACGCCGCAGCGGUGCUGCGGCUGCCACGGCGAUAGCGCCAUCCCCGCCUCUGCGGUGCAACGAGGCGGACGACGCUAUCGCCCGCUCGCACCUACCGCAGGCGGUGCUGUGCCGUGAACGCCAGCUGAUCUACAACGAGGCGGUGCGGCUGGACACGGGGAACCGGCUCGAGGCGCGCACUGCCUACCUCGAUGCCCUCACUCAACUCGCGCACAAGCACGUGUCCUCCGUGUCGUGGCCCGCGGUGUCGGCGCUCAUGAGCGAGUUGCGCGAGCGGCUACAGCGCGAAGCGCAGCUGACGAUCGGCGCCCCGUCGGGCACGUGGGAUGGCGCAGCUAGUAAGCCGACCGUGCAGGGGGCCGCGGUAUCGUCGUCCUCGUUGGCGUUGGGGCUGACGGCGAUGAACCCAAGCGCGAAGCCGCUCAGCUCAUCCUCCGCGACGUCCUCACUGUUGCCGGCCGCUGCGGCACUCGAAGAAAAUCUACCAGCGCCACCGCCGUCCGUGCAACAGUAUGGUGGUCUGCAGCAGCUCAUCGCCACCCACCUCGGCGUACUCGAGUUGACGCAGUGGCCGGUGCAGGAGGUGUUGCAGCAUCUCGCAGCUCUCUAUGGCGUCCCGCUCUCCCUCCUGCACGAGUGGAUGGCGGAGCAGCAGCGGCGCUACUCGCGCUCGUACAGCUACGAGGAACGCUUUCUUGCGGUCGAUUGCACCAUUCCCGGACGCCCGGUCACGGCCAACACGGUGCUGCGACUCACGCUACACCGCUGCCGUCGACCACCACUGGCACUGCUUCAAAGCGCGCCGAGGACUGCAGGUAACGAGCGAAUGGGCCACGUCAACGGCCUCCAGCCGCCGCCGCCUUCUGGAGAGGACGGGGGCCUGUACUACAUUCGUGUGCGGUCGGCAGUGCAGGCGGUGACGUCCACGGCGGUCCCGCUGAGCUUGACGGCAGCAGCACCGUUCUCGGCGGCGGCCGCGCCCCUGAGCACCAUUUCGGCGUCGUCCGGCAAAGGUGCUAACUCGAUGACGAUGCGCUCGCUCUCCGCGAUGGCCUCGGAUGCCUCGACGCUGCAGCCCUCAUCGUGUACCAAGGCUCUCAACUUCCUCGGCCAGACCUUGGUUGUGAACUUGCUCUCCGCCGCUGCUACCACCUCCGGCCGCUCAAGGGAUCACCGAAGCCGCACCGCGACCCGAGGAACGCUUAUGCACCGCAGGAAUGGCAGCGUCGGCACUGACGCCGGCGCGGAGACCGACGACUCUGUACUGACGGUGGAACUAAUGCAGGCGGGCAGCACAGGCCCUCUGGCGCGCGGCAAGCUGAGCCUGCGCAAGCUCGGCUUCAACGCGUACAACACAAACAACGGCGGCGGCGGCGGUCGGAUGCGCGCGCAGAAUGUGCAGAUCGCGCUGAGGCGCAAAGGUUACCGAAGCGCGAUGCUGUUGGCGACGCUGGAGAUAAUGUGA